AUGCACAACUUGGGGGGAUGCUGGUCAGUCCAAGUUUUGGAGCCUGAUAUAGGGCAGGGUAAUGUGGGGGGAUGCUCGGGCUGGGCUCAGGCACCAGCUGCUGCCUCCAGUCCCUUGGAGGAGCUCUUUUCCUCCCUGGCAGGCGAAGCUGUGCAGCAUGCGUCCCGUGACCGCCGGCCGUAUGGUGACAUUAAUACGUGGCUCAGAGGGUCAGGAGGAUUGAGUGUGCUGGUAGAAGAAGAGGGCUGUGCCCUGGCCUUUGGUGAAGUGCUGUGCCCUACUUGUCAUCAGGAUCCAGCUAGAGAAUAUUUACUUCUCGUGGACUCUGAGGAAUUGCCUCUCCCACCUCCACUCUUUACGAGAGACAGUGGCACAGGCCCUGACUUGCAACGGGCCCAGCGCCUCCUCCUGUGGGGCAGGAAAGGAGCGCCACAGCUGAAGCGAGCCGGCGGUGCUGUGGUGCAGCGCUGCCCCGCAGGCAGCAUCGCUGUUGAUAAACUCGGAGCUCGGAUGCUGCAGGCAGCAGUUCUCAGCUGUCCUGCUGAUACCGUUAAUCUGCUGGAUUCAAAAACAAUUCAAGGGGAGCUGGGCUGGAUCUCCUACCCAUCACAUGGGUGGGAAGAGAUUAGUGGUGUUGAUGAGCAUUAUACUCCGAUCAGAACUUACCAAGUGUGCAAUGUUAUGGAUCAUAGUCAAAACAAUUGGCUGCGAACCAACUGGAUUCCACGCAAUUCAGCUCAGAAGAUAUAUGUGGAGCUCAAGUUUACCUUGAGGGACUGCAAUAGUAUCCCUCUAGUUCUGGGCACUUGCAAAGAGACCUUCAAUCUGUAUUAUAUGGAGUCCGAUGAUGACCAUUUGGUAAAGUUCAGAGAGCAUCAGUUUACAAAGAUUGACACCAUUGCGGCUGAUGAGAGCUUCACCCAAAUGGAUCUUGGGGACCGAAUUCUCAAGCUGAAUACAGAAGUCCGUGAGGUGGGGCCUGUCGACAGGAAAGGCUUUUACUUGGCUUUUCAAGAUGUAGGUGCGUGUGUUGCCUUAGUCUCGGUGCGAGUGUACUUCAAAAAGUGCCCUUUCACUGUCAAGAACCUCGCCAUGUUUCCAGAUACGGUACCCAUGGACUCCCAGUCACUGGUGGAGGUGCGGGGUUCUUGUGUCAAUCAUUCCAAGGAGGAAGAGCCACCCAAGAUGUAUUGCAGUACAGAAGGAGAAUGGCUAGUGCCCAUAGGGAAGUGCUUGUGUAAUGCUGGCUAUGAAGAAAGAGGCUUUGCGUGCCAAGCUUGUCGACCUGGGUUCUACAAAGCCUCUGCCGGCAACGUGAAGUGUGCCAAAUGUCCACCUCACAGCUCUACCUACGAAGAUGCGUCUCUGAACUGCAGGUGUGAAAAGAAUUACUUUCGCUCUGAGAAAGACCCUCCAUCCAUGGCUUGCACCAGACCACCAUCUGCUCCAAGGAACGUUAUCUCUAACAUCAAUGAGACGUCCGUUAUCCUGGACUGGAGCUGGCCUCUUGACACUGGAGGUCGGAAAGAUGUCACUUUCAACAUCAUUUGCAAAAAAUGUGGAGGAAACAUCAAGAUGUGUGAGCCAUGUAGUGACAACGUGCGAUUCUUACCCCGUCAGACUGGACUCACCAACACCACGGUGACAGUAGUGGACCUUUUGGCACAUACUAAUUACACUUUUGAGAUUGAUGCAGUUAACGGGGUAUCUGACUUGAGUACGCUUUCCAGACAAUUUGCUGCUGUCAGCAUCACAACUAAUCAGGCUGCUCCAUCCCCUAUCACAGUCAUAAGGAAAGACAGGACAUCCAGGAACAGCGUGUCUCUGUCUUGGCAAGAACCCGAACAUCCAAAUGGGAUCAUCUUGGACUACGAGGUCAAAUACUAUGAAAAGCAGGAACAAGAGACAAGCUAUACUAUUCUGAGAGCCAAAGGCACCAAUGUUACCAUCAGUGGCCUCAAACCUGAUACCACCUACGUCUUCCAAAUUCGAGCCCGAACUGCAGCUGGAUACGGGACAAACAGCCGCAAGUUUGAAUUUGAAACCAGUCCAGAUUCAUUCUCCAUUUCCAGUGAGAAUAGCCAGGUCGUAAUGAUUGCCAUUUCAGCGGCGGGAGCCCUUAUUCUCCUCACAGUUGUGGUGUACAUCCUGAUUGGGAGAUUCUGUGGAUACAAGAAGUCUAAACAUGGCACUGAUGAGAAAAGACUACAUUUUGGGAAUGGCCAUUUAAAACUCCCAGGCCUGAGAACUUACAUAGAUCCACAUACAUACGAGGAUCCCAAUCAAGCUGUGCAUGAAUUUGCCAAGGAACUGGAUGCUUCUAAUAUAUCCAUUGAUAAAGUAGUUGGAGCAGGGGAAUUUGGAGAAGUGUGCAGUGGGCGCCUAAAGCUGCCUUCUAAAAAGGAAAUUUCAGUGGCUAUCAAAACCCUGAAAGUUGGCUACACAGAAAAACAGAGAAGGGACUUCCUGGGAGAAGCCAGCAUCAUGGGACAGUUUGACCACCCUAAUAUCAUUCGCUUAGAGGGAGUCGUCACUAAAAGUAAACCAGUUAUGAUUGUUACUGAAUAUAUGGAAAAUGGUUCCUUGGACAGCUUCCUACGGAAACAUGAUGCCCAGUUCACAGUCAUCCAGCUAGUAGGCAUGCUUCGAGGGAUCGCAUCUGGCAUGAAAUAUUUGUCAGAUAUGGGUUACGUCCAUCGAGAUCUAGCUGCUCGUAAUAUCCUCAUCAAUAGUAACUUGGUAUGCAAAGUCUCAGAUUUUGGUCUCUCUCGUGUACUGGAAGAUGACCCAGAAGCUGCUUACACCACAAGGGGGGGCAAGAUUCCUAUCCGAUGGACGUCACCAGAAGCCAUUGCAUAUCGGAAGUUCACAUCGGCCAGUGACGCAUGGAGCUAUGGGAUUGUUCUCUGGGAGGUGAUGUCAUACGGAGAAAGACCAUACUGGGAGAUGUCCAACCAGGAUGUGAUUAAGGCUGUUGAUGAAGGGUACCGCUUGCCACCUCCUAUGGACUGCCCAGCUGCCUUGUAUCAGCUGAUGCUGGACUGUUGGCAGAAAGACAGAAACAACAGACCCAAGUUUGAGCAGAUUGUCAGCAUCCUGGAUAAGUUGAUCCGUAAUCCCAGCAGUCUGAAAAUAAUCACCAAUGCGGCAGCAAGGCCAUCAAAUCUUCUCCUGGACCAAAGUAACAUUGACAUUUCAGCCUUCCGCACGACAGGUGAUUGGCUCAAUGGUUUUCGGACAGGACAAUGCAAAGACAUUUUCACGGGCGUGGAGUACAGCUCUUGUGAUACAAUAGCCAAGAUUUCUACAGAUGACAUGAAGAAAGUCGGCGUUACAGUUGUGGGGCCUCAAAAGAAGAUUGUUAGCAGUAUCAAAGCUCUAGAAACUCAUACAAAGAACAGCCCUGUUCCUGUGUAAAGUACCAAAAUGAUGUUGCUCAGGAGAGAAAAAAAGAGAAAAGUUGCAUCACAGGGCAAAAGUGAUGGCUGGUAAACGGCAGAAUUUAAAGGAGUUCUUUGCAACAGCUUUGGAAACGUAACGGUUGAAAUUUCAAACCCACUAAGACACUCAAAUACUGAGUAUAAAUGCCUUAAAAAGAGGAGUGAACUUGUUUUCUAUCUGUUAAUCCUAAAGGGUGGGUGCUCUUGACUGACUGUUAAUGCAGAUAGUAAAUUUCAAAAGAAAAAAAUAUGUAAAAAGUCCUUCCAAGUAAAAAACAGUGAUACUAAAACCUAGAGCCAUUUGAAUAUUAAGUGACUGAAUAACACGAAAAACCCAUGGACGUAAAAGCUGUGUAUUUGAUCUAUACAGCAAACAAGAAGAA